AUGGCGGAGUACAGUGGCGCGAUCUCUCUGUCCCGAGACAUGUCUCACUCCUCUGAUGAUGACGAUGAGGAGCAGAGCCCAGGGAUCCUGGUGCCGUUCACUGGGGGCAGCGCCGGAGCUGGGUCGUCGAAGGUGAAGGUCAACUUCAAGGGAGGCAGCAGCACUGGAGGGGAAGGAGGGUCGUCGGCGGAGGCGCCGCGGAAGCCGAGAGGCCGACCACCUGGUUCGAAGAACAAGCCCAAGCCUCCCAUUGUGAUAACGAGGGAGUGUGAGUCUGGGAUGAAGCCAAUUGUGAUCGAGGUGGCGCCCGGGAACGAUCUGUUCGAGACGGUGGUGCAGUUCGCUCGUCGCCGCCGCGUGGGCAUCACGAUUCUUCAUGGGUUCGGGACCAUAUCGAACGUGACCUUUCGCCAGCCGGUGCCCCACGCGCCGACUUACUCUCUCCAUGGACCUCUGUGCAUCAUCUAUAUAUCUGGGUGGUAUCUGGGGUGUCCAACUCCUGCGACUCCUGCCACAUCGAGGGCUUCGUUUUCUGUGUCUGUUGCAGGCACUCAAGGUCAGAUUUAUGGAGGGCAAGUUGCAGGAAAGGUGACAGCUUCUGGACCUGUGACUCUGAUUGCCUCCACUUUCACCAACCCUUCGGUUCAUAGGCUCCCAUCUGAUAUAGAGGAUACUGACGAAGGUAAGAACAAUGGUGGUGCAAGCACUUCCGGAGCUGGGACUAGUGUGGCCAUGAGUGGUGCUUACAGUGUUAUUGCAGCUCCGCUGAACAGCCAGAUGGCUCCCGAUGUCAUGCACUGGACCGCUACACCUCGUCCUCCCUACUAG